UUUACGUGCUGUUGGAAUAUGGCUUCAGAAGCAGAGUACUCUGCAUUUGAGGAAAAGGUCAGACGAACUGUUUACCUUGAUAAACUCUCUCCACAGGUUACUGAACCGGUUGUCAGAAAAGCUAUCUCUCAGUUUGGAACAGUUAAAAAUGUUCAAUUCAUUCCAAAUUACUUGGAAACAAAGAACAUCCCCGUUUCUGCAUUGGUGGAGAUGGAGAACCCGAGGCAGGCUAAUGCCAUUGUCUCAGAAAUAUCUCACAGGCCUUUUAUGGUUGGUGGAAUUCCAAGGCCUGUGAGGGCACGUGAAGCGAAACCGGAGAUGUUUGGGGAUCGUCCUGCAAAGCCCGGUAGAAAGAUAGAGUUCCGUUGGGUGGAGACAAAGGAUCCUGACUUUGAAGUGGCAAAUAAAUUGAAGCAGCUUGCUAAGGAUCAUGCUCUUGAAGUUGACAUUGCGCUCAAUCAACAGUUGGAGGAUGAAGAGAAGCUUGCAGAGAGGCAGCAAGGAGCCCUCAAGGCGAAUCAUGAGAAGUAUGAAAUGAUAAAUAGUGUGAUAACAGAUGGAACUGCUAGGCGGUUGGCACAGCAUUAUCACAUUCCAGUUGCAGAUGAAUGGUAGACUCUUUAUUUAGGUUCUUCCUCCUGUCUAGUCAAAACUGACCUUAUAUAGGUGUAUGAAGUUGAUAGUAAUUCCCACGUCUUUUGAUCCAAUAUUGCAGUUUCUGAAAUUU